AUGUCUUCGGAAUUAUCAGCAGCGAGCAUGGAACACGAUUCGGAGAAGAAGAACGAAGAACUUAGGACCCGGCCGCCGUCGGUCGAGGCUCCCGGCGCACCGUCGGCUCUUGACGACUUCCCCGAGGGCGGGCUCCGCGCCUGGUCGGUGGUAUGGGGCGGGUUCUUCGCGUUUAUAGCCACUUUUGGCAUGGUGAACUCAUAUGGCGUCUUCCAAGAUUAUUACCAGACGAGUCUGAUGGCGCACUCGUCCUCGUCCACCAUCGCGCUUAUUGGGGCCCUACAGCUGUUUUUUCUGUAUGGUGGAGGCCCAGUGAUUGGGCGAGUUCUGAAUGUGCUGGUGCCGUCGACGCUGAUUGCGAGUAUUAUCACGUUGGCACUAUGGCUUCCGGCCACCGACCAGGCGUCUAUCACAGCUUUUGCCGCUAUGUACGGGACAUUCACGGGCGCUUUCGUCUCGCUGUUACCCGCAUAUGUAUACACCAUAUCACCUAUCGAGGUCUACGGCGCGAGACUUGGGUCGAUGUAUCUUCUGGUCGGCAUUGCAAACCUUGUUGGCACACCAACGGCAGGUGCAUUCCUGACAACAAUCAACCAACGCGGGUUCGACGGCCUCAUUAUCUUCACCGGCAUCAUGAUCGCCGCCGGCUCGUUGCUGCUAGGUGCAGUGGGGGUCGUCACAGAGCUACGAAAGCGGAAAGCAUUGGAUAAUAGCCCUUAG